AGUAUUUACAAACAUAUUUAUGAAAGCAAAUGCUAUAUAGCCGUGCAAUUAGUGUGUUUGAAUAAACUUAAAAGAAGUUAUUUUGUAUGGAUCUGUGCGGCCAGUAUUCGGCAAACUUGUCAAAUUGAGAUGAAAGUUGACAUGGAUAAUCACAGUUCGAAGCCGGAACAACUAAACGCGGACGUUGAAAGGGAAAAUAUAGAUAGGAUGCCAAAGGAAAUGUCUAGAUUACCUGAAAUAAAACAUUUAACCAAAGAACAAACUUCUCCCUGUUCCGACGAUAAUGGAGAAAGAGUUAAUUUCAACUGGUGUGAAAAGGCAUUGGAAGAUGAAAGUGAUGAUGAAGAAAUUGACAUUGAUGACAGCGGCUUUCAAGAAAAUGAUUCACCGAUUUCACCAUUGGAUGAGGCUGAUAAAUUUGACUUUGAAAAACUUAAUUCAAAUACCUCGGAAUCUGAGAAGAAAUCGUCCAAAUCAAAUCUUGUGAAACCACCAUAUUCAUAUAUUGCACUUAUCACAAUGGCGAUUUUACAAUCGUCCCAAAAAAGACUGACGCUUUCUGGAAUUUGUGAAUUUAUCAUCAAUCGUUUCCCAUAUUACCGUGAAAAAUUCCCAGCUUGGCAGAACAGCAUUAGACACAAUUUAUCUCUAAAUGACUGCUUCGUGAAAAUCCCUCGGGAGCCCGGAAACCCAGGGAAAGGAAAUUACUGGACCCUGGACCCCCGCAGUGAAGACAUGUUUGAUAACGGGAGUUUUCUCCGGCGACGAAAGCGUUACAAGAGAAACAUCAUGGAGAUGCAUCAACAGUCUACGGCCUUCAUGUCCACAGCAGAGCAGUACCUUCACCACCACCACCACCCUUUUCUACCUUCCCCGAUGCACGCACAUCAUCCACGGUCUGGAGUUCCAUACCCGUACGUGUCACCCAUAAUGACGUCACAACUACCGUUCUUCAACCAGUCGGAUUUUUCAGGACGACCACCCGUUCCUUCCAUUCCGUUCACAAUGGCAAACUCGCUUCGGGAAAAUUCCCUUCUUGGUCCGUUUAAACCGUUCUCAUCCAGCACAUCUUCCGCUGGACCCACACCCCCAAGGAGUCCUGAAUCUCCGCCCAGCACCAGUUCGAAAAAGGGUUUCUCCAUAGAGAGUAUUAUCGGAAAUUCCGACAGCAAUAAAAAAUCUAGUCCUGCAUCUUCUCCGACGAGUUCAUCUUCAUUUCGUCUGACAUCAUCCAACCCCAUUGUCGGAACUGUGGGUGUUUCGUCUCCUCUCACAGCAGGAAUGAGACCCGGAUUUUUUGACAUAUCCCGUAUGGGAAAUGCAACUCUUUUAGCGCAGUUCCAAGCAGCUUUACCAAAUAUGAACCAAAUAGACAUUGAAAAAUACAGACAAUAUUUUCAGGCAUGUGGACUAGGCGUGUGGCACCGGUAGUUAUUGAGUAUGUAUAUCUUUCAAUUUUGUCUCGGAAUUCAAUAUUUAUUGCUAUUUUAUGUACAAGUUGUGUAAAUGUGAAUUAGUAUUCUAAUUACCAUUGAAUGUUUCGUUACUGUAUAUAUCAAAUUUACAAAGUGCUGCCAAUAUAAAACUCCAUAGCUUUAUUUUUUCUUCUUUAUUGUGUUUUAUUGUGGAGAAUUGUAAAAUGAAAUUCUGAAAUUAACUAAAAUAAUUUGUAAAGGAAAAAAUAUUUCAUUAAAAAAUAAAAUUUAAAUAUAUAUCCGCUUUGGAUUUCGAGCACAUAAUGAUUAAUUAUUAUCUUUGUUAGUACAAAUAUUAAAAAAAAAUUCACAGGUAUCAUAAUAGGGUUGAUAGAAAUCAUAGAUCAAUAUGAGGUCUUCAUCAAAACAUAUCAACCUCCAAAAUCUAAGACAGUCUCAUUAUCCCUGUCCGUGUCUAAGUGGACAGCUGUUUUCUGAAUGAUACCAUCUAGAAAUUGCUCUUCCCCCGAGAGGUGCCCAACUUCACACCUACUCGAAACGGUCGGGAAUGGUAGUUAUCAAUUACCCUUUGUUGUAAUUAAAACAAAACCAAUCUGUAGAUAAUAUCUAACAGUAUGAGGCUGGGCUGAUCCGAUGUUCAAACCUCUUAUGCGGAUCAAAACCUUUGUAUUGCUGUCUUUUAUUUAGUCCAACAACGGAUUAAAGAUAAUCCUUAAUAAAUCUUAAAAGCGCA